AUGGCUGAGCCUGGCUGUGAGACCCCUUCUGGGGAAUGCCCAGGCAUGGAGGAACCCACAGCAGCGGACCCGAAGAGCCCGAAGCACGAGCAGCCAAGCCGCCAAUGCCCCCGCCACCGCCACCGCCGCUGCCGCCGCCGCCCCAACAGUUUCUACGCCUACUUCCCCAGGGUUCUGAAGCAGGUUCACGAGGGCCUGAGCCUCUCGCAGAAGACCGUGAGCAUCUUGGAUUCGUUCGUUAAGGACAUCUUCGAGCGCAUCGCCGACGAAGCCUCUCGCCUGGCCCGCUCCACCAAGUGCUCCACCAUCACCACCAGGGAGAUCCAGACAGCCGUGCGCCUGCUGCUGCCCGGGGAGAUUGGCAAGCACGCCGAGUCCGAGGCCACCAAAGCCAUCAUCAGGUACACCGUCUGCCGAUGAGCUGCCUCCAGACCACCUGACCACCUUGCAAACCAAAGGCUCUUUUCAGAGCCACCUCACUUGGCGGGAAAAGGCCUGUAGGCUUUAAAAAGUGGGACAAACUCUAGAGUUUUUGUUCUCGUUGUGGCAUUCUGUGGAUAUUUAAAGUAGUUUUACUUUGAACCAAACAUGAUCGGCACUGCUUUCAUCUAUAUUUGCGUGCAGUUUUUCCCUUGGACAACUGUGGAC